UCUGCUCCGUCGCGUAGGCCGGGGAGGUGAGUUCUCUAUGUACGCAUACGCCUGCCACGACCCAAAGCACUGUCCCACUGAGACCGUGUUCUCAAUGUGUCCGUCGGUUUCUUCUUCUCCGCCUUCUUCCUUUGUACUAUACAUCUGUUGGUUUACAAGAGAGGCCCUGUCGGUUUUGGUUCAGAGGCUUUGAGCUGAGAAAUGGACGGGGGCUCAGUCUCCGCCGGUGAAGGGCAAGCACCCACCUCGUGGGAGGAGCUCUACAACAUCAAUCUGAUUCCGUCGGAGCUGUUCCUCAAGUUCCGGAAAGAGGUUCAGGGGAUUCGGGUCGGUCUUAAUCUGGAGUUCUGUAAUGCUCCGACGAAUGAUUUCCGGGCAAACAUUGUGCUUAAGCCUCUGUCCCCGGAGCGGAGGUGGAAGUUCAUGUACGAGCCUGUACAUCAGGACAUCCAUCUCCUUUCGAAAAAGAUCCCUGUAACCAGGUUCUUGAAUCUUCAGGUUGGCAUCGGCCAUAAUUUCCGAAUGAAUGCCAUUGGGUGGAAGUGGAAACUUACAACAUGUUUGGGCGGCGAUGGCGUGUCUCGAAUUCGGAACAAAGCUUCUAUUGGGCUCUGCCCUGGCAUUGAUUUCCGUUUUGGGUGGAGGGCUGAUUAUGUUAUCCCAGAAAUCUCUGGGGGUCUAGGUUCUGAUGAACCAUUGUUCAACAUGAACUCUGGGCGGUUGCAAGCAUCACUAGACAGAGUUGAGGCGAUUUUUACCCAAUCUGAUGCAUACUGUUAAAGCCAAUCAGAAAGCAGGACCAUAGUCAAGAUACUCAAGAGGCCACAAGUUCUGCCGAGGACUAUUGGAUUACUUCUCAUGACAGGGACAUUCCAAAUCUCAUUCGCUCAUCUCGAAUCUUCCCAUGCUGGUGGAAUGGCACGUACGGAUAAUGAUAGUUAAUAUUCCAAGAUGUUUGUAUAGACUUUUCCCACUGUAGAACACACCCGCUGCAGAAUUAGUCUUUUUUACUUCCUUAUCUCUCUUUGACGAGAAUUUGUGCUCAUAAAUAGAUUUGAAUUACAACAUAUGGUCACAUAUAACCAAUAGCUUGCAACAAUGAAUUGCAUGUACAGAAAAUCUUGCUCGUGACAAAUUAUAAUUAAAUUAGGGAUCUUACUCGA